ACAAACCCCUUUCCACCGUACGUGUAACCCGUCCGUGAGGCAACAAAGUCGCGGAUGUGGCCACUCUCGACAGAAUGCGCAAAACGUGGGUUAAGCGCGAUAAUAUCUACUACAAACCGUUCUACAAACAGAAGCUCAAACUCACGCUGAUCGGUGUGCUCGGACUGGGCGUCCUGUUCUUCGUCUACCAGCUGGUCUACAUCAGUCAGUUUCUACCGUCGUCAUCAUCGUCGUCAUCGUCGGGGUCGGGGCUGGCUUUGCUGGCCGCCCAGAUGCGGCCCCCGCUCCACUCAAAUAGUAAUAAUCACGUUGCUUCGGCAGAACUAGGAGCGGACGGCAGCCCACCAUCACCAUCAUCGGUGGCGAACAGGGAAUACGGCAGCAGUAAGACGGGCAUCGGCCAGCACCAGUACGCCUACGUCGAGCGAAUCGGGAACCACGAGCGUAUGAUCCUGCGCGGCAUCCGGCUGCGAGAUCUGGAUCGCUACACGGAACCUACGUCCAUGCCCCGAGCUCCGUUCCGGUGUCUGCAAACGGGCCGUGAGCUGAGCUGGGAUCGUGUGAACGACGAUUACUGCGACUGCCAGGAGGACGGCAGCGACGAGCCGAGCACGAGUGCAUGCGCCAAUGGCCGAUUCUACUGUCGUUUCCAGAAGCGCCAUCGGACGGGCCGGGGGAGGGACCGAUCGAUACCAAGCGGUUGGGUCAACGAUGGCGUCUGUGAUUGCUGUGAUGGUUCCGACGAGUGGCUCCCGACCGGUGGUAACCUAGUGCCACUCCGCCCUUGUCCGAACACCUGUAGCACUAAAUACUUUCUCUAAGACGUUGGUGGACGGACGUUGGCUUCAAGAUUUCUCCCUUUUCUCUCGCGGAUGAACCGCGCGCCUCGCCAUCACGUAUCGCAUCACAUUCCGCCAGUAAACGCAAUGCAAGGAUUGCAGGAAACGCGCAGCCGAUCGGAUCACUUUGCUAGCAUGUUUCAAAAACUCCUAGGGUAGGUUGAAAUAAAUGGAAAAUAUUGUUUUUG